AUGUCAGACUAUCCCAGCAGCAACUACAGUGGCAACUCCCCCAAGAGGACGGAGAAAUCCGUGAGCUAUGCCCUCUACCUCCACCGCAGGGAGUUGGGCCGUCCCAAGCGCAAGAUGAUGCGAAUCGCCAGCACCAAGCUGCAGCUGACAAACGAGCUCAUCCAGCUGCAGCAGCGUCGCCAAUGGGAGACGGCCUUUGACCUCGAGUUCGACGCGGAGGCCAGUUCCCAGCAGAUGAGUGCCCUCGAUAGGGAACGCGAGUAUCGGGAUAGAUUGCGCACCAAUAUGCAGCGGCAACUGGAGAAGCAGCAGAAACGCAAGCGAAAGUAUCUCCAGGAAAUCGGCAAACAGUAG